AUGUCAUCCUCCCUAAGUCCCUCACAAUAUCUCGAAAAUGCUCGCAUAGCACCCGAAGUCUUCCAUCUGCGCCCAGAUUAUCGCGCCCUCCUAAUGGUAGUCACCAACAUCCCACCCGGCCCCAGCGACUCCGUUAGUGAGUCCAUCCUCCUCUCUGCCGAAUCCUCCGCCAAGUUAGCCCUCUCCCAAACCCCUGUCACGGAAAUUCCCCACAUCGCCGCCUGGCGCGAAGCAUACAAAUCCUUUGGCGCCAAACCCCAAAAGACACGCAACAGCCUGGAAGCGCUCCUCCGCCGCGCGGAAACCGGCCUCCCGCGUGUGAAUCGAUUCACUGAUAUCUACAACGCCAUCUCCAUCAAGCACCAGAUUCCACUGGGCGGCGAGGAUCUAGACAACUACCAAGGAGCGCCGUUCCUGAUUCGCGCGAAGGGUGACGAGAAGUUUGUUACGAACUCUGGUGGGGAGGUGGUGACGGAGAAUCCGAGUCCGGGAGAGGUUGUGUGGUGCGAUGACGCGGGGGUUACUUGUCGAAGGUGGAAUUGGCGGCAGUGCUCAAGAACUGCGCUGAGUGAUGGGACGACGAGUGUAUUGUUUAUUUUGGAUGCGUUAGAGCCGGUUGAUGAUAAGGCGCUGAAUGCUGCUGCUGAUGAGCUCAGCACCGGGCUGAGCAAGUUAUCCCAAGAUGUGAAGGUAUCGCGUCGGAUUCUUCGAGCAUCAUGA